CGAAAGUGAGCGUAACCCCUGGAUAUCGAGGAUGACAUAAUCAUAACCUGACCAACAGCGGAAAUGGAUAUCCGGAAUUUCCGGCUACAGACAGGUGAUUAUAUCACCAACUAGCACUUCCGGUGUCGUUGGAAGAAGACUGGAUAUCGUGUGACUGAAGCUAUUGAUAUAAACAAAACAGAUUGUCGAGAAAGGAAUUAACCUGUAACCCGAGAAGUGACACCAAGAUAGCUCGCCUUCUAUAAAUACAACUUUGCUGUGGAGAUGUGAUGAUCAUAGAAAAAGAUGUUAACUGAAGGUGAUACAUUUUAAACUUUGUUUAUCAGAAUUUUGACCAGCUUAUCAAACAUAAGUGAAAAAUCGCUACACAAUGCAAGCAGAAGAGAGUUUGAAGCCUCCCGAGUGUGAUCUCAGUGGUAAGGAGUCUAAUGUGGAAAAUCCCCUACUGAAAAACCUCAUAACACAUUCAAGAGACAAACCCUACAUGUGUGGUGUGUGUAGUAAGAACUUUUCAAAGGCGACGGCACUAUGGAGCCACCUAAUGACACAUACAAAAGAUACGCCAUUCAAGUGUGAUGUCUGUGAUAAGGGGUUUUAUCAGGCAUGUGACUUACAGAAGCACCUCAGGUCACAUACAGGGGAGGAGAAGCUAUUUAAGUGUGAUGACUGUGGUAAGGGGUUUAAUCAUACCAGCAGUCUACAUAGGCACCUAAAGACACAUACAAUAGAGCUGCCAUACAAGUGUGAAGACUGUGGUAAAGGAUUUAGUGAUUCUGACAAUCUAAAGACCCACAUCUGGACACAUACAGGAGAGAAGCCAUUCAAGUGUGAUAUCUGCAGUAAGGGGUUUACUCGAAACUUUUAUCUACAGUCACACUACAUGACACACCAAGACGAAAGGCCAUUCAAAUGUGAUGUCUGUAGUAAAGAGUUUACUCGGAAAUUUCAUCUACAAACACACUAUAUGAUACACACAGGAGAAAAGCCAUUCAAAUGUCAUACCUGUGGUAAAGCGUUUAGCGCUACAAGCAAUCUACAGACACACAUCAGGACACAUACAGGAGAGAAGCCAUACAAGUGUGAUGAUUGUGGUAAGGCAUUUAAACGGGCAGGUGACCUACAGAGACACCAAAGGACACAUACAGGAGAAAAACCGUACGAGUGUGAAAUCUGUGGUAAGGGAUUUAAUCAGGCGGGUGACCGUCAGAGGCACUAUAGGAGACACACAGGAGAGAAACCUCACAAGUGUGAUGUCUGUGGUAAGGGAUUUAAUCAGGCAUAUGACCGACAGAGACACUUAAGGACACAUACAGGAGAAAAGCCAUACAGUUGUGAUGUCUGUGGUAAGGCGUUUGGAGAUACAAGUAAUCUACAUAUACACCUCAGAAUACAUACCGGAGAGAAGCCAUACAAGUGUGAUAUCUGUGGUAAGGACUUUAACGUUUCAUCUAAUCUACGUGUACAUCGGCUGACACAUACUGGAGAGUAACAAUAGAUAUGGGUUUUUUGUGGACAGUUGAAAAGGACAGUAGGUUUUAUUGACACACCUCCGUAUAGGCAUGUGCAUACAUAUAUAUCAGACUUGAGGCCGAGAUGUCCAUGUCUGGAUUUUUUUUUAUUGUAUGGUAGAAAUUAUAUGUGUUUAAGUUUUAAAUUUGAUUUUAAUCUAAAUUGUAUUGCUUGAGUAUGGUAGAAGUUAUAUGUGUUUAAGUUUUAAAUUGGGUUUAAAUCUAAAUGUACAUCAAAUAGUUCAUACAGGAGAAUUUUUGUGAAUGUAUACACUCUACAGUAGAAAUGUGAUUAUUGUACAAAAUUGAUAAAGACUGCAGGAAAACGGCUUGGAAUGAAAGUUGAUAAAGAUGGCAGGAAACAAACACAGGCUAAAUCCUUUGUUUUGUUUUUAUCCAAGGGGCUGGGAAAAUCUAUCUCAACCUCCCAAAAAAUAUGUUUAGUUUAACUCAUUCACCCCUGAAGACACAUUUGAACUCUUCCAAUUCAAAGGUUGGAAUAGUUCAUUAUGAAAUCUUAGGGAUGAAUGAGUUUAAAUGUUCAAUAUAUGAUCAUGACAAAGUGUCUUAAGCUUAAUUAUUUAUCCAAUUAUUCAGAUACACUUGUAUCCAAGAUGGCCAUCAUGGCAGUCAUACUGACAAAUCCCAUUGACCUUCCUUAAUGUUCAGCACAAAGUGUAUAUUUAAUGUCCCAAUUGGGUAUCCAAGGUUGCUACCAUGGUAGCCAUCUUGAUGAUCUAUUUAGAAUUUAAACUUCCCAGCUAAUUUAUGUUCAGCACAUGCGUAUACAUGUUCAUGGUUCUGACUAUAUAUAGCCAAGUGUUGGUAUUUUUCUGGUUUGUCAGAUUGGCACCAAGGUCAUCAACAUGAAAAUGUUAUUUUAAAAAGUACUUACUUACCAAUUCAAGUGUUGUUAUUGGUUGUAUUAAGUGGUGAACAUUCUAAUGAAGCCACCAUGACUGGUUAGCUAAUUAUAAUUGCAAAGCAACAGCAAUUUUGAGACUAAUUGGAAAACCAGGAUGACUGUAUCUUGAGUGUUAAAUAUCACUUCGCUAUUUGUCAAAAAGUUGAAGUGGAAUCUUUCACAAAGUGUACAUACAUUUUAAUUAAAUCCAUGUUAACAUUCGUCAUGGUCUCUACUUUUGCAUAUCAAAUUUUGGGACUGAUCGGAAAUCAAGAUGAAGGAAAGGGUCAAAGAAAUCCUUCAUUAGUAAUAUUGUGCCACAGUUUAUAUAUGUGUGAUCACUACAUUUGCUGUCACCUGUCAUUGGAAGAUUACAGAGAAGCGACAAUCAACUUCAAAGAUGGGCAACUUUUCGAUUACAAUGUUGUGUGAUCUUUUUGCUUAAUAUCAAAGGAUAAAAUUUCCCUGGUAGUCUAUGCUUAUCCUCCACAAGGUGUCAGUUCAGAGCUUUCAAUUUCAUCAUGGUGUAUUUCAGGGAACAGAGAAUGUAAGUGAGCUAAUUAACCCCUGGUAUUUAAUGGAUGAGUAGAAAUUGGAGUUUUUUGCAUAGAAGUUGGGUUCGAUUGUUGGAAUUUCAGGAUCAAUGCAAAGUAAAAAAUAUAAAGGAUAAUAUGAAGCGGCAAUUUAAAGAAAAAAAUAAAUUUAGAUCAAUGUUUUGGUGGUUGUGAUUAUAUCAUUUAAUUUAUGUAUAAUUGCUUUGUAAAUAAAAGAUAAACCAAU